GAGGGCGGGGAUUCCUUCUGUCACGAUUUGGAUCGCUCCCACCGGAGGACACCGACCGUCUGAGUCCAGCCUUCACCGAGGUGCUCACCCACAAGAGGAGACGGUGCACACAAGGAGGAGAGACGCAUGAGGGUUUCGUUUUAGGGGUUGGACUGACAAGUCGGGGUUUGUCCUCCUGUCGGUGUCGGUGAGGAGAGGAGAGGGAGAGGAGAGGAGAGAAGGGGGGUCUUCAGAGCUGGAGCGACCAGCAGCCUUUCUUUUGUCGGGGCUGCGGUAAAAGUCGUUCAAGAUGCCGGUGUUUCACACCAAGACCAUCGAGAGUAUCCUGGAGCCGGUGGCCCAGCAGAUCUCCCACCUGGUCAUCAUGCACGAGGAGGGGGAGGUGGACGGUAAAGCCAUCCCAGAUCUGACGGUGCCGGUGGCCGCGGUGCAGGCGGCAGUCAGCAACCUCGUACGGGUGGGGAAGGAGACUGUUCAAACCACCGAGGACCAGGUUAUGAAGAGAGACAUGCCUCCUGCAUUCAUUAAGGUGGAGAACUCGAGCUCUAAGCUCGUCCAGGCGGCUCAGAUGCUAAAGGCAGAUCCAUACUCGGUUCCUGCGCGAGAUUACUUGAUCGAUGGAUCCAGAGGGAUACUGUCUGGAACGUCUGACCUGCUCCUCACCUUUGACGAGGCAGAGGUGCGUAAGAUAAUUCGUGUGUGUAAAGGUAUCCUAGAGUAUCUGACAGUAGCUGAAGUGGUGGAGACCAUGGAGGACCUCAUCACUUACACCAAGAACCUGGGACCAGGGAUGACCAAAAUGUCAAAGAUGAUUGAGGAGAGGCAGCAGGAGCUGACGCACCAAGAACACAGACAGAUGCUAGUCAACUCCAUGAACACUGUUAAAGAGCUGCUGCCUGUUCUUAUAUCAGCUAUAAAGAUUUUUGUCGCAACCAAGAGCAGUCGAGGUGCCGGCGUUGAGGAGGCAGAGAGGAACAGAAGGUUUACCUUUGAAAAGAUGAGCGCUGAAAUCAACGAGAUCAUACGAGUCUUACAGCUCACCACGUGGGAUGAAGACGCCUGGGCCAAUAAGAAGGAUAUGGAGGCUUUGAAGAGAUCUCUGGCUUUGAUUGAGUCAAAGAUGGCACAAGCUAAAAGCUGGCUUAAAGACCCCCAUGGACAACCAGGAGACCCUGGUGAGGUUGCCCUGCGUGUGAUACUGGAUGAAGCUGGUAAGGUGGGAGAGCUUUGUGCUGGGAAGGAGAGGAGAGACAUACUGGCAACCACUAAGGCUCUGGGACAAAUGACAGACCAGAUUGCAGAUCUACGAGCCAGAGGCCAGGGCCCGACCCCAGGAUGUGUGCAGCGUGCAGGACAGUGCUCGCAGGGCUUAGACUUGUUAUUUGGCAAAGUGGACAGUGCUGCUCGCAGAUUGGAGGCUUUAAUCAAUGCCAAACAGGCCAUUGCCAGGAGGCUGGACGCUGCACAGGCCUGGCUGGCUGAUCCUAACGGCGGUCCUGAGGGAGAGGAGAACAUCAGAGCACUGCUAGCAGAGGCCAAGCGCAUCGCCGAUCUAUGUGAAGACCCCAAAGAGAGGGAUGACAUCCUGCGCUCCAUCAGUGAGAUUGCAGGCCUCACUGCCAGACUUGUGGAGCUACGUAAACAGGGUAAAGGUGACAGCCCGGAGGCCCGUGCAUUGGCUAAGCAGAUUGGGGCGGCACUGCUGACUCUGCAGUCCAAAACCAACCGUGCCGUGGCCAACAUGAGACCUGCCAAACCUGCCGUCACCUUGGAGGGCAAGAUGGAGCAGGCCCUCCGCUGGGCGAGCAACCCCGGAGUAGACGACAGAGGAGUAGGUCAGGCAGCAAUAAGAGGAAUGGUUGGAGAAGGGAGGAGACUGGCAGGAGGCCUGUUGGGCCCGUAUCGGCAGGAUAUGGUUGGGCGCUGCGACCGAACAGAGACCCUUAUGACAUCUUUGGCGGAUAUGGCCGGCAGGGGCGAGGCUGAGGCUCCUCAUGCACGAGCUACAGCCGCACAACUGCAGGACAGCCUCAAGGACCUGAGGCAGCACAUGCAGGAGGUGAUGACCCAGGAAGUAUCUGAUGUUUUCAGUGACACCACCACCCCUAUCAAACUGCUGGCUGUGGCUGCAACUGCUCCCCCCGAUGCCCCCAACAGAGAGGAGGUUUUUGAAGAGCGUGCAGGGAACUUUGAGGCCCACGCAGGUCGGCUGGGGGCUACUGCAGAGAAGGCUGCUGCUGUGGGAACAGGCAAUAAGAGUACAGUAGAGGGGAUACAUGCUGCUGUGAAACAUGCCAGGGAGCUCACACCACAGGUGACCUCUGCUGCACGGAUCUUGUUGAAGAAUCCAGGAAACAAAGCAGCAUACGAGCACUUUGACACCAUGAAGAACCAGUGGAUUGACAAUGUUGAGAGACUUACUGGUCUGGUGGACGAGGCCAUCGACACCAAAUCUCUGUUAGAUGCUUCUGAGGAGGCUAUAAAAAAAGACAUUGACAAGUGCCGAGUUGCCAUGGCGAAUGUUCAGCCCCAAAUGCUUGUUGCCGGGGCAACAAGCAUAGCAAGACGAGCUAAUCGGGUCCUGUUGGUGGCUAAGAGGGAGGUGGAGAACUCUGAAGAUCCACGGUUCAGAGACACAGUGAAACACGCGUCAGACAUCCUCUCCCACACCAUCUCGCCCAUGGUGAUGGAUGCUAAAGCUGUGGCUGGGAACAUACAAGAUAAAGCUCUGCAAAAGGCCUAUUUGGACUCAUGUCUGAGGAUUCUGGCUGCAGUUGGAAAAGUUAGAGAAGCCUUCCAACCUCAGGAGCCUGACUUCCCUCCUCCACCACCUGACCUGGACCAACUCCAUGUUAGUGAUGAGCAGGCACCACCCAAGCCCCCCCUGCCAGAGGGCGAGGUGCCCCCGCCUCGGCCCCCUCCUCCAGAGGAGAAGGAUGAGGAGUUCCCAGAGCAGAAAGCCGGAGAGGUGCUCAGCGAACCCAUGAUGGUGGCAGCCAGGCAGCUGCACGAUGAGGCACGCAAAUGGUCAAGCAAGCCUGAGGAUGAGGAGGCAGUAGAGGAGAGAGAGGUAGAUGAUGAAGAUGAGUUUACUGAUGGUGAGGAUGACUAUGAGCCAGAACUGCUGAUGAUGCCCUCCAACCAGCCUGUCAAUCAACCCAUUCUGGCAGCUGCCCAGUCUCUCCACCAGGAGGCGCGCAAGUGGUCCAGCAAGGGUAACGACAUCAUAGCAGCAGCCAAGCGGAUGGCUCUGCUAAUGGCAGAAAUGUCUCGGCUGGUGCGUGGUGGAAGCGGGAACAAGCGAGCACUUAUUCAGUGUGCUAAGGACAUCGCCAAGGCCUCAGAUGAGGUGACGAGACUGGCUAAAGAAGUGGCCAAGCAGUGCACUGACAGACGCAUCAGAACUAACCUGCUGCAGGUGUGUGAACGAAUCCCUACCAUCAGUACUCAGCUGAAGAUCCUCUCUACUGUCAAAGCCACCAUGCUGGGACGAACAAACAUUAGUGAAGAGGAGUCAGAGCAGGCCACAGAUAUGUUGGUCCAUAAUGCCCAGAAUCUGAUGCAGUCAGUGAAGGAGACCGUCAGAGAAGCAGAAGCAGCCUCCAUCAAGAUCCGCACUGAUGCAGGAUGCACCCUUCGCUGGGUGCGCAAAACCCCCUGGUACCAAUAAACAAACCUGGUCACUGAAAAAGUAACACUUUUAACUUGGCAACGAUAGCACACACCUCCAGUCAUGUAUGGAUUACUGAAUGGGCCUACUGGCUACAAAGACACGCACAAAAUAACAACAAAUAGACACAAAAUGACCACGAAGAGACACAAAACACCUACGAAGAGACACAAAAUGACCCCAAAGAGACACUAAACAAGCACAAAGAGACAUUAAAAUGACACAAAACUACAAAGAGAUGUGUAACCACUUCAAAAAGACGCAUGUCUGUGCCCAGGAGCCCAUUGUCUCGUAAUCCGUCCAUGCCUUGAGUAAAAGUAGCAAUGUGCAUACUCAUCAUGAGUACACAUGCACUUCUUGAAUAAGGAAACUGAUGCGAUGUGGUGCUUACCAGUAACCAUUAGAUUUGGAGUGAGUUCAGCUUUGCUAUCCAGUUCUCUUUAUCUGUAACUGUGGAAUCACGUAGGCUAAUCCGAGACAGUUUAUAAUAUAUAUUUUUGGUAUGUUGUGUUACAAGAGUUUAUCCAAAUCCCAGGUAUAUAUUUUUUGCAUGACAUUUUUUUCUAUUUUCUAAAGACAAAUUAUGACAUUAAGAUACUUAUCUCCUAGAGGGUUUACUCUUAUUCAUUCAUUUUUCAGUGAGUUUCUUAUUGUCAAUUGUAUAUACAGUAAUUAUUUGUUUAAUGGACAAUACUCAGCUGUGAGCUUUAUACACUGAGUUAUACACUAAAGUGUAAAGUCUUGUGUGAGCUGAUGAGCUCUCCUCAUGUUUACUUUUAGUAAUAACACUGUUCUUAACUGAAGAUCUAUGAAUUCAAAGGUGAUACAACAUCACUGCUGUCUGGUGAUGUUCAUACUUGAAGAACUAAAAAGGUCUUCUGAAUGAAAAGUGUUAUAAUUUAUAGGCAAAUUAUACAGUUUCAAAAGUGAUUGUAUAAUUUUUUUAAAUGUAUGGUUGUCAAUAUAUAUUACCUUAAUUGCAGGAAGGUUGAUACUUAAUAGAUAAGAGACUUUCACAUGACAGUUGCAGUAUGACUGACAAUAAGGUAAGGCGAGAUGAGAUGUUUUGUUAUGGCUGUUUUGAGUUCUUUGUUUGAACUAUAUUCAACUUUAAGUUCAGUGAACAAUGCCAAAGGAUUUGUCUUAAAUUAUUGUAAGCCUCAUCUUAACACUUAAAAUCCAGGUUAUAACAAACAAGACAGAUCAUUUCUUUAGAGAUGCUGAGGUACUUUUUGAGGUCUGUUAUUUUUUUAGCAAAAAAAGAGAAUGCUUUCUCUUUUUUAACUAAUUGUAGUGCUUUGUUUCUGCACUCUGUAACAGUUGAACUGUUUUGAUGUUUUAUUCAAAGUGUAUCAAAACCAAGGAUUUUAGACAGCCAUUCAACUUCCUGCUUUAGACUUUUCUCCAUGUGUGAGCUAAGUAGUCCCACUCGGAAUGUUCUGAAGCAUCAUCUUGACACAGAUUUUCUAGAAGACCCAGGUGGUUUGAGAACAAAAACAAACCUUUUAUGUGAUAUAUCAGGCAUUAAUACCAGUAGGUAUUAGUGUGGGUGUAGCUGUUUUUGUCUGGAAUAAUUACACAUCAGUUCAACAACAAAUGAUUGGUAACUCUAUAUUAAAUGCAGUCAGAUCAAUGAAUACAUAUUUUCAUUUCCUAAACAGUAUUUCAUCAAGUUUUAUUACACAUGUUUAUGGUUGGGCAAAUGUAACUAUUAAAUAGAGAAUCUGUAUGUAUGUGUGUGUAUGUGUGUGUGUGUGUGUGUGUGUGUGUGUGUGUGUGUGAAGCCUCCACUUAAUCAGUAUUAUUGAGCCGUCCCCAUGGUGGUUAGGGACAGAGCUCUAAAUAUUAAUCGCAUUUUCAUCUUUUUUUGGACCUACCAAGCAUGUAGCAGUCACUGACCCCUCACUGAGAGCGACAGGGUGAACUUGUUUGUGUACUUGUGUUCAUUCAAACCCUGAAUGUAUUCUGAUAGCUUCUUGCCCUGCCAACACAUCAGCUGUGCCUUGUUAGAAUAAAAGACUAUAAUAAUGA